UACAAGAUUCAGUAGUGUCGCCUCUCGCUUCACAUUAAAUAAUCACAAUCGCCGUACUUCUAUUACAGAGUAAACAACACUCCAGGCCCUUUAUUUGUUAUUUGUUACAAUACCCUCUAAUAUCAAUUCUCAAUACAUCCAGACAGCCUACUAUGGCCGAUCCCCUCUUAACUUCUUUAUGCACCAUCUGCCAUAUCCAAUCCCCCAAAUACAAAUGUCCUCGAUGCAAAGCGCGAACCUGCUCUCUCAGUUGCGUUAAAAAGCACAAGAAUUGGUCGUCAUGCAAUGGUGAACGAGACCCGACAGUAUACAUACCACGAGAAAAACUCAAGACAGAUGCCGGUAUCGACCAUGACUACAACUUCUUAACCAAGAUCGAGAGAACCGUAGAGCGAACCGAGAAGUUGCUGAGAGAAGAGAAGGAAAUACUGCCACAAGAGGCUGCCUCUUCACGGCAGCCACCUAAUAAAAAGGCACGCCUUCAUAAGGGAAAAAGUAGGGGAAGGGUCACUUUCGAGGAAAGUUCACGAAAAUGGGAUAGGAACUCGAUACAACGAAUGCGGCAACUUGGCAUCAACGUCGCCUCUCUUCCCUACGGAAUGACUCGGUCAAAGGAGAACAAGACGAGUUGGAACAAGCGCACCAGAACCAUUAACUGGCAGGUGGAAUGGUUAGAGUGGAAAGUCACUACUCCUACCAAGGGAAAUGACAGCCCGAAGCCCUCAAGAAUCCUACACAAGAUCCUAGACGAAGUACCACUAUACCUUGGCUUCGUGGAGAGUCAAGAGUACCACCGCCAACAUCAAUUAAGUGACCAAGAACGCGCCAAAGAGAAGAAACAGAAGACGAUGGAAGACAAGAAAAUAUUUGCUGGAGGUUGCCAAGACGUGGCCAGAACAGCUUGGUCUAGUCAGGAAUACUCUAUGCAGGACCACGGCACCACGGCAUGGAGCAACCUGGUUUCGGAGUCUCGCGCGGUUGGGGGAUCACCAGAUCAAUAUUGCUUCUUCUUUCUCAAGCCAAGAACUCCUUCGAGAGAAGCGCACAAGCUCAUACCCUUACAACCGACCGACAACCUGGCUACCAUGUUACCCGAACUCGAUGUUGUGGAAUUCCCAACGAUCUGUGUACUACCGGCAAACUAUACGACGCUUCCUGAUGGAUAUGUGGUGGAGAGUAGACCUGGGAAGUCCAAGAAGAGACUGGGAUCUGAACUCAUGGAAUAUGCAAGCGAGGAGGAGGACGGUACAGGUGAUGAAUCAGGGGAGCAUAAUGAUGAUGAUACCACAAGUAGUUCAGGGUCAGAUUCGUCGGAUAUGGAUUGAUAUCUGAGUCGGUUACCUCGGGCACCUACCUACAUAGCAAUUAACGAAGAAUUUGCUCGGUUGUAAUUCUUUGAACGUUGCAACGUGUGGUUUCAGUCUUCUUUGUAAGUAUAUUACCUAUGCAUGUACUGUGUUUGCGUGAAUGAGGGUAAUUUGAUGUUGCUGAAUACCUAGUACCUACAUAUGUACCUAGUAGUACCUACCUAGGUACUUUACCUUCAUACUCUGCAGCUCUGGAUGUGACUGCCUUGCCUACCAGAUAUCAAGGAGAAAACACUGUGUAGCAAACAACGGCUGUCCUGUUAGAGAGUGAAUAUACAGUGAUUGAUACCUACAUGUAGUACUGUUGCGCAGGUUACCUGGGUACAUACAUGAUAAAAAACCGUUGAUUGGUUUCGAAUUGUGGCUUAGCGUCCGGUCAAAUGGGAAAGUGCUCUAUAAGUACGGCCUACAUAGGGUACAUAGGUGCCUUGUAAGGCAUGAAAACGUUGAAAACGUUAGUAUCGAGG